UUAAUAAAUUGUCGGAUUUUCUGUAUAGGCUCGGAGCUAAAGGAGUCCGUGUGCUAUGCAUUCGACUUUGCGACCGCUGUUUUGAUAUGUAUAAAACUCUUGCCAUUAAUCGGCUAAGAUAUCGCACUCUUAUAUCUAGUUUCGUAACAACUGGUAAGUUUGAUCAAGCCAUCCAGGUGUUCGUGAAAAUGACCAAUUCAGAUUGCAGGGUCUUCGGCAUUGAUUACAAUCAACUUAUAGGCGUAUUUAUUCGGUAUUCUCAAUUUUCCAUAGCUGAAAACUUCUAUAAUGCAAUGGUCCCUCAAGGGUUUACUUUAUCUUCUUUCACUUAUUCAAGGUUCAUUUGUGGGUUAUGUAAAGUUCACAACUUAUUGCUCAUCCAGAAGCUUUUAGAUGAUAUGUAUAAGCUUAGUGUUGUCCCCGAUCUAUGGGCUUAUAACGUGUAUCUUGGUCUCUUGUGCUCAAAAAACCUGGCGGACAUGGCAUUGAAGAUACUGGAGAGUAUGUCUGAGAAGGGAAGAGAGCCUGAUGUUGUGAGUUACACAAUAGUUAUCAGUGGGCUGUUCAGAAUUGGGAUGUGUGAUAAAGCUGUCCAACUUUGGCAUUCUAUGAGUAAGAAAGGUAUUACUCCUGAUAAUAAAGCCCUUAGGGCUCUAGUUUUGGGAUUGUGUGAUACUGGUAAAGUUGAACUUGCAUACGAGCUCACACUGGGAGCAAUGAAGAAUCGGAUAAACUUUAGCUUGACUAUUUACAAUGCACUUAUUAACGGGUUUUGUCAAGUUGGGAGGAUUGAUAAAGCUCAGUCAAUCAAAACAUUUAUGAAGAAGAACGGUUGCGAACCUGAUUUGGUCACAUAUAAUGUGCUACUAAAUUAUUGCUGCAAUGAGCUUAUGUUAGAUGAAGCUUUGAAGUUGAUGAAGAAUAUGGAAAAUAGUGGAAUAGAACCUGAUCACUAUAGCUACAAUCAACUUCUCAAGGGCCUUUGUAAAGCCCACAGAGUAGAUAAGGCUUAUAUGUUAAUGAUUAAUGAGAUAGAGCCUAAAGGUUUGUCUGAUGUCGUGUCGUAUAACACCAUUGUUAAAGCUCUGUGUAAUACUCGUCGUAGCAAAAUGGGUUAUAACCUGUUUGGGGAGAUGAUACAAAAAGGGAUUCUUCCUGAUGUGGUGACAUUCACAAUUCUUAUAGAAGCUUUUCUGAGAGAAGGGAACUCAGUUUUAGCAAAUAAACUCCUUGAUCAGAUGAAUCAAAAAGGAAUACUACUAGACCGGGUACUUUACACAACAAUUCUUGACCAUAUGUGUAAGAAUGGAAAUAUAGACAUGGCAUACAAUGUCUUCUAUGAUAUGGUAGAGCAGGGAAUUGCUCAUGAUGUAGUUUGUUACAAUGCACUUAUAAAUGGACUUUGCAAAGCUUCUAGAAUAAGCGAAGUAAUGCGCCUUUAUGAGGAAAUGCAAAGCAAAAACUGCCAUGCAGAUGAGGUUACCUUCAAGUUGGUUAUUGGUGGCCUUAUACGGGUAAAAGAUCUAACAAUGGCUUGUAGUGUCUGGGAUCAUAUGAUGAAUAGAGGGUUUACUCUUGACAAAGAUGUUUCUGAUGCUCUACUCAAUGCCAUGCUAUUGAAAGGCACUUCUUGAUGGAUCUUAAAGAAGUUGGCAAUGCACUUAUGAUUGGAGGAAAUGUAGCUCCACUUGGUCCUCAGGCAGUACCUGUAUCCAUCAGUUGUUUGGCUGAGCCAAGAAGUCCAAGAGGGGGGUUUACUGGUCUUCAUUGUUGAAGCAGAUGUUUUUUUGUGUGAGAGACCUAUCAAAAGACAUAGUCCUGGCUCUUGCCAUCAACUGGCCUGGGGAUCUUAACUCAGAUGUGGCUGACCGAAUUGAUGAAGUCCUAGCAUUUCCUUUGCCUGGUGAAGAACUAACUCUUCAAUUGCUAAAACUUUAUUUGGAUAAAUACAUAGCAGAGGCUGGGAAAGAAAGCCUAGCUUAUUCUCUAACAUGUUCACGAAGCAACAAUAGAAGAUAGAGAUAACAGAUUUGAACGAUGGUAUUCUGUUUAUGCUAGACCAGAUUGUGUUCUUGAUCCGAGUUUAUUUUGAAGUGGUUGAUUACAAAGUAGCUGAGCAUAAGCAAAGAAAAAAGAUGGCUGCUGCUAAUGGUGGUAGUAUUUGAGAUCGCCGAUUUAUUUUCUUGCCGAUGGAUUAACUGCAGAUCACCAUGGCAAAUGGGUAAUUUUGACAUAUUCCAUGUAGAUUUCAUUUAUUAUUUUGCUCAUGUCACAAUUGUGCAAUUUUCAUUUCUCUAGAUUAGCAGGGAAAAUAAAUCUAACCCAAUUUUUUAGGACAGAUUGUUGUUCUUUGGCUGUUAUCAGUUCAUAUUCAUGGAGAGAACAUGGAGAAUCCAUGGAUUUUUUGAGGUUCUUGGCUUUGUAAGCAAAACUGGUCAUAGAGUUUAAAUUUAAAUAAUCUUGUUU